GUUUGUCCGGAAGGGAAAGACAUCGCCAUCGGGAACCGCAGCGGCAAGAUCAGUGUGUACGACGCCAGCAGCAUGAGAGCAAAGAUCACCAUGGCGGCCCACGAGUCUGACGUCACGGCGCUCUGCUACUCCAUGACCCACAGAUGUAAAAACCCCGACGUCCUGACGCCCCCAGACGACGGUCAGCAGACGUGGAAGAGUUCCCGCCACACGCCCCCCUCUCCACACAGACCUCACAGCCUGGAGAGGUUCCCUGGAGGCCAGUCGUCUAAGGCAGAAUUAGAGACAGCCCUACCCUCCCGGAGCGAGAUGACGUGUGAGGCCAGAGACGUCACAGAGGACGACAUGGCACAUCUCACCACGCGCCUGGCAGCUCUCAAACUCUCCGACACGCAUGUCGACGCCCAGUCCGUGCAGUCCUCCACAAACCUGCUGGUCGGAACAGAGCCUGAUUACAGGCAGGAGUCGGAGGCCUGGCUGUCCCGCUGGUGCGAGCGACGCCGGAUCUUCAAACUGGAGGCCCGCUCUAUCCAGAAGAUUCUCACAGUCAUGAAGCUCGUCACGGACGCCAUGGAGAAAGACCUCGCCAGGUCAGAGUACGUCCUCAGACCCAGCAGACGAGGCCCCGCCCACAGCUAUUCCAACAUGGCCGCCUUCUGCCCCGACCUUGACCUUCUGACCCGUGACCCCGGGUCCCUCAUCGCGUGGGCGUGCCCCGACCCCAGCAGGAGGCAACGGCAGCGUCUACAGCACUGGCCGAAACUGCGGCAACAUCAUCAACAACUACAACUGCAACAACAGCAGCAGCAGCAACAACAACAGCAGCAGCAGCAGCAACAACAACAGCACGUGAAUGAAGGAGACAUACCUGGCCCGUCUGACGGCGAGCUGCAGUUAGCCCCGGAGACUGGGAACGUCGUGCCGUCUGACGUCAUCGCGUCCCGCUGUCUACGUCAGAGACCCACCAACAAACUAACCAUCCAGCUGUCCAGCGAACAUGGCCAGCGCGCCUGUGUUGGGUCAGUGACCUUCUUUCAAGACCUGACCCCUGACCCUCGCCCCGGUGACCCCAGUUCCCCGAGCGUGCACAGCAUGGUUCGGGCACUCAGUCACGUGGUCAAGUUACGCUCUUCCAGCCUGGCAGAGUGCUUGUCCGCCAACCACCUCCCCGCCUCCCCUCGCCUCUCAAUCCCACCCUUUGAUGAAGAUGAGACCCAGGCUAGGGAUGAAAAAGGCUCCGCUGGAAGCUCGGCCUUCCCCCACCGUCCCCCCACCACCUCAUGUCCCUGUCACCAGCCACAGACACACCAGACGGACACGGAGUUCAUCACUCCGCCAUCUUCCCCGACCCCCGCCGAAAACCCGGGAACAGCUGAUGGAGAGGAGACGCCCGCACAAACCAGCCGAUCGGUGUCUGAGAGCGACAGUCCCUCCGAUGAUUUCAUGGACAGUGUCGACAUGGCUUCUGCUCAGAUAAAUAAAAUAAAUAAAUAA